GCGCAGCCGCGCGCGCACGGCGCCGCCAGGGCCAUCUUGGGCCGCUCGGCACGCGCCGGUGACGCCGUCCCGCAGCGCCCGCCGCAGCGCCCGAUGAACUCCAUGAACCCCAUGAAACCAUCGCUGCCGCCCACACCGCACGGUGAUGGUUCAUUUGCAUAUGAGGCUGUUCCCUGGCAACCGAGCACCAAUCAGCCGGCGGGAUCCCUCUCCGUGGUAACCACCGUCUGGGGUGUCAGCAACACCUCCCAGAGCCAGGUUUUUGGCAGCCCCAUGGGCCCUGGGGGCGGCAGCUCCAGCACCCCACUGCUGCCUGGUGUGGCGGGCGCCAGCUCGGGGAUGAGCUCUCCGCAGUUCCUGGCGCAGCCGCCCUUUGCCGAGCCAGCUCCCACCAAGGGCUACGUGCAGCAGAGCGUCUAUGGCCGCAGCUCCUACCCUGGCGGGCCCGGCUUCGCCCCCAGCUACGCGGGCAGCCCUGGUGCCAUGGGGCUCCCGGCGCACGCCGCCCGCCCGCCCCCCGCCACCGACUUCACUCAAGCGGCCGCUGCCGCCGCCGUGGCUGCCGCCGCCGCCACCGCCACCGCCACCGCCACAGCCACGGUGGCGGCGCUGCAGGAGAAGCAGAGCCAGGAGCUGAGCCAGUACGGCGCGAUGGGAGCGGGGCAGCCCUUCGGCAGCCAGUUCCUGCCCCAUACCGCGCCACGCGGCCCCACCGGCCUCAGCCCCGGCGGCAUGGCCGGCGUCAUGGCCCCCCUGGGCGUGGGGCCCCACUCACUGCCGCUCCACUAUCACCCCACUGACACUCCAUGGCACCCACUGAUGCCCCAUGGAUGGCCACGCAAGGUCCCUGGCAACCCCGCUGCCACCCCCCUCAUGUCCCCUGGCUGUGCCCCUGUCCCCGCAGGGCCGCCCACGGGUGAGGAGCUGCGCCUGACCUUCCCGGUGCGCGAUGGCGUGGUGCUGGAGCCCUUCCGCCUGCAGCACAACCUGGCGGUCAGCAACCACGUCUUCCAGCUGCGUGACUCCGUCUACAAGACACUGAUGAUGAGGCCCGACCUGGAGCUGCAGUUCAAGUGCUACCACCAUGAGGACCGACAGAUGAACACCAACUGGCCGGCCUCCGUGCAGGUCAGCGUCAAUGCCACACCGCUCACCAUCGAGCGCGGCGACAACAAGACCUCGCACAAACCGCUCUACCUGAAGCACGUCUGCCAGCCCGGCCGCAACACCAUCCAGAUCACUGUCACCGCCUGCUGCUGCUCGCAUCUCUUCGUGCUGCAGCUGGUGCACCGGCCCUCGGUGCGCUCGGUGCUGCAAGGCCUCAUCAAGAAGCGGCUGCUGCCCGCCGAGCACUGCAUCACCAAAAUUAAGAGGAACUUCAGCAGCGGGACCAUCCCGGGCACGCCGGGGCCCAACGGGGAGGAUGGGGUGGAGCAGACGGCCAUCAAGGUGUCCCUCAAGUGCCCCAUCACCUUCCGCCGCAUCCAGCUGCCCGCCCGGGGGCACGACUGCCGCCACAUCCAGUGCUUCGACCUGGAGUCCUACCUGCAGCUCAACUGUGAGCGGGGCACGUGGCGGUGUCCUGUGUGCAAUAAGACGGCGCUGCUGGAGGGGCUGGAGGUGGACCAGUACAUGCUGGGCAUCCUGAUCUACAUCCAGAGCUCGGACUACGAGGAGAUCACCAUCGACCCGACGUGCAGCUGGAAGCCGGUGCCCGUCAAACCUGACCUGCACAUCAAGGAGGAGGCGGACGGGCCGGCUCUGAAGCGCUGCCGCACCGCCAGCCCCGCGCACAUGGUGCUGCCCAACAUCAUGGAGAUGAUUGCAGCGCUGGGGCCUGGCUCCUCACCCUUUGCCGCCCCUCCAGCCGAGUACGGUGCGCAGGGCUCCGCGUUCCCGGCCCCUGCAGCCUACCCCGAGCCAUUCCCCCCUGCCGCCCCCGGCACACCGACGCUGGGGGACUUCGCGCCAUCCGCCUCCUUCCCACCUGAGCUGCUGCCCCCUGACAAGCCUCCUGCCGCCCCCCUGCCUGGACAGCUGCCUCCCGCCGGCCGGAUGGAGCCGUCCCACGCUGCCGGUCUGCACACCAUGGGCAGCCCGGCCCAGCACCGCGCUGUGCCCCCCCCGCGGCCCCCGCCGGGCAGCACCGGCCCCGAUGUCACCUUCAGCGCCGCGACGGGGAGCGGGGAUGGGACGGAGCCUGCACUGGACCUGCUGCCCGAGCUGACCAACCCCGAGGAGCUGCUGUCCUACCUGGGCCCCCCCGAUCUGCCCAGCAGCACCAACGACGACCUGCUCGCCCUCUUCGAGAGCAACUGAGGCCCCUCCCGGCCCCGGGGGGCAGCGGGUGGGCGGGCAGCCCCACGGACAGCCCCUGGCCCGCAGAAGCGCAGCGCUGUACAUAUGUACAAACACUACUGCCCCGCUCCAUUAAAACCUUUCUCUCCCGUGGG